AUGUGCUACUUUGACCAGACCAAGUGGGUGUGCGGCUACUGGAAGUGGGGAAACUUCCGACAGCAGUGCACCAAGGAGUACCGCACCGGCGAGACGUGCGGGCUCAAGCUCGUGUACGAGACCUUUCACCAGGCGUCGACGUGCCGCCUCUGCGAGCAGCUCGAGAAGAAGCAGCGCCGGUACAACAAGAUGGCGGCCGACGUCGAGCGCUGGUCGCGCGAGGGGGGGCGGCCGGCCACUAUCGAGAAGACGCAGCAGGACAUGUACGAAAUAAGUCAACAGAUGAACGCGAUUUAUCUGGAGCACCAGGCGAGAGAACGGAUGCUGUCGUAA